AGCUGAAGUUUUUGUCUUGACACAGCUUCUGGUUUAUUAGGCUUAACCCACUUUAUCCAUAAUCUCACCUGGUGUGUAAUGUGAUGAAGGUGGAUGUUGUGUAUUCAUCCACCCAAAUCAUCUUACAUAAGAUACAUGCACACAUUCUACAUCCCAUCGGAAUAGUCCGCUCUGAUAUAUUUAUCUGAUAUUUUACUUUAGUGGUGAAUGUUUGAAACACACACAAUUAUUACAUUUAACGAACACAAAAAUUGAAUCUGGGGCUUUUAGGCCUCCUUCAGGAACCAGUUUAAACGGUAGCUCCAUCACGUACACGGCAUUGUGCUGCCAUCUGUUGGAAGAUACCAUUUGUCCGUCAACAGUUUGUAGGUGAGCCAGCUUCUCGUCCUGCGUCCUGCAUCUUCUCCGAGAAGAAACCAAACAAUGAGUCGUCGGAACGAAGCUCCGUUAAUCCGUCCGGGAGCUGCGCCGUUCCCAGUUCAACAGCCGCUUGGAAGAAUACCCAAGGACUUCAAAGAAGCAAUGUUACACAUCCCAGUGAAGCUGGCACAUCCCAAAAACAACAGCACACGUGACGUGGCAGCUAAAACAAAACCAGCCCCAACACGAGCAGCAAAACCUUCCGAUGAUAAAUGGAGAUCUUCAUUCAAGCCAUUAGGACAACCAUAUGACUAUAUGGAGAAAAGCACUGACAGUUCACCAAGGGUUGAAAUAUAUGAUCCUUACGACCCAGACGUGUCAGAUUCUGAGCAAGGGAUGCCUGAUGCCCAAAACCACAACGAAUCCCCACCUAAUGAGGAUUACGGCCAGCGUUCAUCUCCAAGUAGAAGCUUCGGUAAAAAACGUUGCUGGGGAUCAAGCUACACCGAGUCAGUAAACCAAUCCCUCGACAGAAGUGACUUUGAACCUGAAAUCAGACCCGCUCAAAGUCAAAGUGUCAGUCCAAGUCAUAGACUGCCUGAACGACCGGGUUAUGACUCCAUGAGCAGACCUUUAGACCACAGGUUCUCCAGCCCUGACGGGCUUAUUUACGCCGCCUCGGCCCAAAUGUUUCCUGCAAUGUAUGGAGGACAGAUGACCAACGGGGACGAGAGGAUAAUACUCCCAGAGUACGAGAGAGAGAUGAACACGACUGUUCGGUUAUCCCCGCCCAGGUUACAGCAGGACCAUCAACAGUUGAAAUACUUGAGAACAGAAAGGGACCAGGUCUCCCCUUCCACCGAGGAUUCAAGAAACUGGAACAUAAAUAUAGUGAUGGAUAAGAGACCCAUCACUUGUGACCUUUGUGACAUUGAGUUAGCCAAUGGUGGGGAGCUGGACGAUCAUUUGGAGAGCAAGAGCCACUGGGACACCCUGGAGCACAUCCAGCAGCAAAAUAACUAUGAUGAUCUGGCUAUAGCCUUCCUACAGGAAGUCCUGCAGUAUAAAAGCCACCAGUGCAGCCGAGCCAUAGAGGAUGGUGCACUUCAAGCUCUGCAGGAAAAUGACCACAUGACAAAGAUGGAAAUGUUCCACUGUGCAGCCUGCAGUAUCUUUGUAUCAACAUCUGCAUCCUCAGUCCAGACCCACAUUACUUCUCAGGAACACCUCAGCAACAUACAGGAGUUUCAUGUGCAGCAGAGACGUUCUUGCCUUGACAAAGCAGAAACCAUGAUGAAGGAGCUGAAACCUCAGUUUGAACACUUUCUGAAGGGCGGCAGCCCAUUUGAAUGAUGGAAGUAAUCAGAAUACCGUUUUCACCGAGAAGCUGUUUUAAACAUCAAUCACAGCCACAUUAAAUGUUGCGCCGCCACUGCUACAGUACGUCACUUAGAAUGCUUGUUGACUCUGUCAAUCAGGAUUUGUCUGAUUAAAACGGAGGCAUUUUGAACAGGUGUGUUCACACAAUAUAGAUUUUCUUGUAUCUUUGUAGAAGCAGAGCAUCAAUUUACAUUUGUUCAAAUUAAAGUUAGUCAUAGUACUCCCAGGUCAUCAGUUUGUCUUUUUGUGAAUUGACAGAUUCAUUGAGGCAUUUUUUAAAAUGUUUUUAUUUAGAACACAUG